AUGGUGUUAAAUUCUCAAGACAAGGAUCCUUCUACAGCAGUGUACUUUUUAGCUUCGGUCGCUAUUUUGGCCAUGUUUUGUUUGUGCUAUUUUGCGGUAGACGCAAUUUUGAACGAAAACAAAAUGAUGAUUUAUUCAUAUAUUGUGAUAAGUUUGUUUUUGAUGGGACGAUUAAUUUAUGGAUUGGCAUGGGGAGGAGAAGCUGAUGAAUUGAUUGUAAUGAUUCCGAGUUUAUUAAUUUUAUUUUUUGAAGUCUGUCAAAUAGUUCUUUCCAUUCCAUUGAUCAACUCAUUUGGAUGGAAGUUAUAUCGAAAAAUUGGAUCGAGUAAGACUCUUCAUCAACUCUAUAACAUGUAUCAUGCUUUUAUUGCAGUUUUGAAAAUUGAUUUUGUGUGUUCAUUGCACGUUGGCAUGUUAGGAUUCUUUUUUGUAGUUUUUGAUUUUUGGUGGGUGUACACGAUUUUCGGAGUUGGAUUGUUGAUUUCACUGGGUGAUGAACCACUCAUUGUUUAUUUUGGUAUUCGACAAGAACACAAAUUAUUAUGUAUUAUAUUUCUCCUCAUCUCUCUCCUUAUACCUUCCUUUUUAUUGUACAAAGUGAUCAUAUUGUGGUUACCUGGCACACAUGAAAUUGUGACAGAAUGGGGCGGCUCGUCCAUGAGCCAACUCGAAAUCAAAAUUGGGCUUAGUUUAUUAGCUGCUUUUGCAUUUCUUGUAAGAAUCAUUCUCAUGGCCAUGACUUGUGUUUGCAUGUUCAAUUUUGGGAAAGGACUGAAAGAAGUAUUUUCUAGAGCGAGCAAGAAGAAGAAGAAUGUCACAAAAGAGGCAGACAAGCCCUUCUUGUCUUCACAAAAAAGUCAAAAUUAUUAUACAGCAACUGAUGAUCAUAGCACGUGCACCACUUCGACAGCAGGCCACGCAUUAUUUGCUGUCAACUCCUCUGGUGAAAUUAUUCAACAUGGAAAUGUUUCCACUACUAAGGUGAAUGUUGCUCUUACGAGAAGUAUAUCCGAUGAUAGUGGGUUUAUGGGCUCGUCAAGUAAUACCUUAUCAGACGACGACGAUGAUAUUGUGGUACCUAUAACGGGUAAUUUUAAUAAUCAAGGAUAUCAUCACCAACAUCAUGUACACCAUAGUCAUCAUCAUUAA